UAACCAUAACAGUGUAUAAAACUUUCCUUUCGGUUCUGCAGAUACAAAGUGCACAAUCGCUGAAACGUGUAAAGAAAAUGGCGAAAACAAUCACUCUAGUUCUGCUAAUAUUCUUCCUUUCAAUUUUACAUUUCUCAAACGCUAAAGAUGAAGCUUUUGAUGUUCGCAAACAUCUCUCCACUGUCUCCAGGUACGGAGUUGUGAAAGACAUUACAGACAAGAACUUCGUUCCUUCUAAAAUUCCUGAAGGAUGUACUCCAAUUCAUUUGAAUCUUGUGGCAAGGCAUGGAACUCGUUCUCCGACAAAGAAAAGGAUAAGGGAGUUGGAUAAUUUGUCAGCUCAACUGGAAGUUCUUGUAAGGGAUGCAAAAGAGCAGAAAUUGUCUUUGGGCAGAGUUCCGUCUUGGUUAAAUGGAUGGAAAUCUCCUUGGCAUGGAAGGCUUAAGGGUGGUGAGUUAAUUAGACUAGGAGAGGAAGAAUUAUAUGAACUUGGAAUCCGGAUUAGAGAAAGGUUUCCGAGUUUGUUUGAUGAGGAUUAUCAUCCAGACAUUUAUCCUAUAAAGGCAACUCAGGUUCCCCGAGCAUCAGCUAGUGCUGUGGCAUUUGGAAUGGGUCUUUUCAGUGGCAAUGGAACUCUUGGAACUGGGAAACACAGAGCUUUUGCUGUUACAAGUGAAAGCCGUGCUAGUGACAUCAUGCUGAGAUUUCAUGAUUGUUGUCAUAACUACAAGGAUUUCCGGAAAAAGAAGGAACCCACAGUUGAUAGACUCAAGGAACCUAUCUUGGAUGAGAUUACAUCUGCAUUAGUUGGGCGACAUGGGCUAAAUUUUACAAGGCAGAUUACAUCAUCUCUCUGGUUCUUAUGUAAACAGGAAGCAUCCUUGUUGGAUAUAACUGAUCAAGCGUGUAGUCUUUUUAGCCCAUCUGAGAUUACAUUGCUGGAGUGGACAGAUGACUUGGAGGCGUUUAUUCUGAAGGGUUAUGGUAAAUCACUAAAUUAUAGAAUGGGGAUGCCAUUGCUUGAAGAUGUUGUUCAAUCCAUGGAGCAAGCUAUUAAGGCUGAAGAAGAAAAGCAUGUUCCUGGCAGCUUUGAAAAAGCAAGACUUCGGUUUGCUCAUGCAGAAACUGUAGUCCCAUUCUCAUGUCUGCUUGGUUUGUUUCUUGAAGAGUCUGAGUUUGACAAAAUCCAGAAGGAGAAACCUUUGGAGCUACCUCCAAAGCCUCCACAGAAACGAAAAUGGCGGGGUAGCACCGUGGCUCCUUUUGCUGGUAACAACAUGCUGCUCUUGUAUAGUUGUCCUGCGUCAGGCAAAGCUAAAAGCAAGCACUUCGUGCAAGUGCUGCACAAUGAACACCCCAUUCCAAUGCCGGGUUGUCAUGGUUCUGAUUUCUGUCCAUUUGAAGUAUUCAAGGAAAAAAUAGUAGCACCUCAUCAGAAGCAUGACUAUGAUACAGUUUGUAAUGCAAAGCUAGAGCCGAAGUCCUCGCGGAGCAUGAUAUUCCAAAUAUUUCAGUGGCUUUUCCCACUAGCGAAAGGUGACAACCCCAAAGAUGAAUUUUAGUUUGUUCUAUUGAAAGGAUUCUGAGUUCAAUUCUCACGUUCUUUCCUUGGCAAUACCACUUAACAAAUUCAGGCAUUAACACCACAUUCUCCUAGCAGCGAACCAAUUUUACAUCAAUUUCACUGCCAGUACAAGAAUGUCUUUGGUAUCUUAAGUUUGGCAUUUGAGCCGUCAUCGUAUGUUAGUUUGUAUUUAUAACACCUGAGUUUUGGAUAUGGAAAGUAGAGUUACAGAUAUGAUUUUCCUUUUUUCCUUAACGGUGUUGAUCUCAGUACUCAACUAAUUCCACAGAUGAUGUAGGUUGAUGUUUCAUAUUUUGCACAUUUGGCAUUUCAUUUGUUCUCUUGAACUCCAGUUUUUAUAUUUUGGAAUAGUAGAUAUGAAUCCAGCUAUCGUCUGACUUAUUGUAAUGAUUCAA